AUCGAUUCUUGCUUUACAUCUUUUACAACAAGAAGCUGCAAGAAUUAAAUCUGGUUAAAUCAUUAAAAAGCGAUGAAUGCUGCUAUAAAUAUUAACGUUGAAGAUACAACAGCUAGUUUGGUUAAAUAUGGGUUAUAUUUGGGAGCAAUUUUUCAAAUUAUCUGCUUGUUAGCUUGUGUAAUUUUACCUGAUUCUGUUGAGGAGUCUGUGAAUUGGUCUGUGAGGGGUGAAAGCGAUGAUGAAAGCUCUGAACAAAGCACUCCCCAUCACACUCCAAGAAGACCUCACCAUAGACUCAGGAAACAAGAAAAGAAGAAGAGGCGUUAAAUAUUAAAAAUAAUUCAAUGUUUAAUUUAAGUUUUCGUCGUUUAUAUAAUUUAUAACAUUUUUAUUAAACACUUAAAUUGAUUUGAAAUUGUUGUAAUUCAAUUCAUAACCUUGAAGUUUUGUUUAAAUAAAAUUUACCUUCAUUUAAAUAUAAUAAUCCAGAAUAUAAUAUUGGGAUGGUUAAAAUAACUAAUAAAGGAAAAAUGUCAAUAGCAAAAUGUAUUGUAAAUAAUACAAAGGAUUUUACAUAAUGAUAAACAUCGUGUAAAUCU